CUGAAAGAAUGAUGGAUGACCAAGAGUGGAAAAGUAUUAUGGAGGUGAUCAACACGGACUCGGGCAAGAUGAUAAAAAAUCAAGAGCAGGUCGCUGGUGCGCCACAUAUGGUGAGCGUCAGCCAAGGUCCUGUUCGAGUGAUAAUAGGGCAAAUCUGUUACCAGUUGGUGCCUGGCGCAGUUCUCCCUCCUCCUCGUCCUUUGCCACCAAAUUCAAAGAGAACGAGGAAUACAUCAGGGCCCAAGGAGGAGAGGCCCUACAUUAAGAAGCCCCCAAACGCCUUCAUGCUGUUUAUGAAGGAGCGGCGGCCUGUCGUGAAGGCCCAAUUUCAAAACAGUGACAGCGCCGCUGUGAAUAAAAUCCUGGGGCAGAUGUGGAAGUCGCUGACGCCGGCUGAGCAGCUCCCAUUCUUCCAGGAAUCGGAGCGGCUCAGCCUGAUGCACGCCAGCAUGCACCCGGACUGGACCUGCAGAGACAGACAACUACGGCAUAAAGAAAGAGAGAAAGUGGGCCAGUGCAGCCACCAGUUCAAAUCAUCUGACCAUCUCUGCACCUGAGCUUGCAACUUUAUUUAACCAGAAUGAGGGGGCCGAGAUGGACUCAAUUUUACAACUGGCGGAGUCAGUGUCGCAGUCCUCCAGCUCGGAUGCGGGGCCCGAG